UCAUUGUAAUCUUAGUCCAAACAAGAUCAUUGCUGAAACAAUAGAUUCAUUCCACAUGGGAAAGGAUCUGUUUAGUAAUUUACCAGACCAAAUUCUGUGUCACAUAGUUUCAUUUCUACCAAAUGAGUCAUCACUAGAAACCAGCCUUCUUUCUACAAGGUGGAGAGACCUGUGGAAUGAAGCUCUUGUCAAACAUGGAACUCAAGAGGAUAUUAUAGGUGUUGUUGCUGAUUUUAUCACAAAUUUUGAGGAGUUUGAUCCCUUGAAGCAUCCCAGAAAGCUUCAAUUUCACUUUGCUGAAGAGAGUGUAGUCUCAGUAACUGUUGCAAACAAUAGCAAGCUCAUGCUUGAUUUCUCCCCUUGGAAGGAAGAGAUUCCAAUAGGGUAUGAAUUGGAGUUCAAGCUAAGUAAGCAACACAUAGCCACCUACCAGUCUUUUCCUUCCACAUUCUCAGUCAAAACCCUCCAUUUGAAAUCAGUGAGUUGUUUCACAAGUGAGGUUGCUGCUUCCAUUGUUUCAAAUUUGGAGCAUCUUGAGAACUUGGUGGUCAUUGACUGCAAAGGGUUGGAAUCUUUGAGUGUUGACUCCACCUCUGAGCUUCACAAGUUAACCAUCUUGGAUUGCUUAGAGUUGAAGACUCUCCGUCUUAAAACUUCUAAACUCAAGUCUUUUCGGUAUCGUGGGCCUCUUCCUUUGAUUAGGCCAGAGUAUCAUUUCAACCUGAGUGAUGCCAUGCUUGAUUUCAGAUUAGGACUCAGCUGCAGUGGUUUAAAGGCCAAGGAUUUUGAUGCAACCCUUUUAACAAUAAAGAACUCUGAAGUUCUUACUCUGUGUAAAUGGACUUUUGAGGAAUUAAUAUGGCCAUCGAUUUCUCCUCUAUCUGGGAGCUUCAAAUUCUAUAAAUUAAGAGAGUUAUGGUGGAUUGACAACUAUAAUAAGGAUGAAUCCAACAAGGAUGCUUUAUUCUCCUUCUUAAAAUUAUGCCCUACCUUGGAGCAACUUUUUGUGACUAAUGAUCCUGAAAGUUAUUUGGCUGGAGGGUCCAAUUCAUGCGUAGUGAAAGGGACUAAAUGCACAGGAAUGGAACAUCUUAAAGUGAUAAAAUUUAUGGGGUUUUCAAGUCGAAGAGAUGAAAUCUCCCUGGCUAAAUGUUUGAUUCAUAUGAUCAAGGGAAAGCCUCCAAAGAUAAAGACUUCAGAUGGGAAUUGCUUGGAUGCAAUGUUUGUCGAGUGAUUUUUACAUCAAUCACAGCUAAUCAAGAUUUCCUGCGAGUACCUAACAAAGGAAAAUUAUGAACAAGUCAUGUACUAAGCAUGUAUGCAAGAUAUUAUAAAUAGGAAUACAUUUGUUUCUUGUCUCCUACUGCCUCUUUAAGUAGUCUUGAAGCAGGAAUAUUUAUGGAUUAAAUUGAUUCAUAUUUGAAGAAUAAAAGCAAGUGAUCAUGUAAUCAUUUUUUUAAUGAUGUCAUCCAAUUGAUUUGAUUCAAAAUAUAUGCUUGCAAUAUUGCUUGGAA